UUGGAGAAUGUUAAACGUACUUCUUUGUAUUUCUUAACAGUUCAUAGAGAAAUUCGGUCGCUGAUCGAACACUCAUCAUCAUUUUGCAAAAUGGUGCAACAAGAAGCGGUGAUCGUAAGAAACGCCAUAAAGCGUUAUGGGAAAGGACAGUUGGUGCUUCACGGUCUGAAUAUGACCGUUUCAAAAGGUUCCAUAUAUGGAUUGUUGGGAGCGAGCGGAUGCGGCAAAACCACUCUGCUGUCCUGUGUUGUCGGAGUUCGAUAUCUUGACAGUGGUGAGAUAUGGGUCUUGGGGGGGAAUCCGGGCAGCAAGGGCUCUGGCAUCCCUGGGCCUCGAGUGGGUUACAUGCCGCAAGAGAUCUCUUUGGUCGGAGAAUUCUCUGUAAACGGUGCUUUAUAUUAUUUCGGCAGGAUCAAUGGGCUCGACGAUGAAGAGAUCGAGGCAAGACAGAAGUUCUUUUCGGAUUUGCUCCAACUACCCCCAGCGGAUCGCUUAGUGAAGAACAUGAGUGGAGGUCAGCAAAGAAGAGUUUCCUUUGCUGCCGCAUUGAUUCAUAGGCCCGAACUCUUAAUCCUAGAUGAACCUACUGUGGGCUUAGACCCAAUUUUAAGGGAGAAUAUUUGGGCCUACUUGAGCCAAAUCACGCAAAAGGAAGGUAUCACUGUGCUGAUCACGACGCACUACAUCGAAGAAACUAAAGAUGCUAAUAAAAUUGGUUUGAUGAGAUGUGGUAAAUUGUUGGCGGAAUCGGAGCCGCAAAAAUUACUGGAGCGAUUUCAAUGCUCAUUCUUGGAGGAAGCUUUCCUGAAACUGUGCGAGGUACAGAAUAAUACUUUGAAUAAUGAAGUUGAGAGAUUCAAAGUAGAAGAUACCAGCAGUGGCGUCUUGCCUCAAAAUGAAUAUGAACAAACAAAAGUAAUCUCGGAAUACAAAGAGGUUCCGAAACAUCAAAUUUCACGAUUGAAAAUAUUCAAAGCUCUAUUGACGAAGAACGGCAUGCAAUACUUUCGUUAUUAUGGAGGAUUAAUUUUCGCAGUAAUAUUUCCAAUAAUUCAAACUUUCGUAUUUAUUAUGGCAAUUGGCGAUGAUCCGAAAGAUUUGAAGAUUGGAAUUGUUAAUGAUGAGGCGGGUAGAUGCGACAGCAACUUUGGCAGUAUUUGGAAUGACGAAAUCACCUGUCACUUUGGCAAUCUCAGUUGUAGAUUUCUACACAAUUUUGAUGACUCUAUCGCGACACAGGAGUAUUAUGACAAAGUUUCUGAAGCGAAUCAUGUUGUACAAAAUGGUAAACUUAAUGGUUUACUGUAUUUUAGUCAUAACUUCUCAGAAGCUCUACAGAAACGAAUGGAAGACGGCGCUUUCACGAAAGAUUCCGAUUUACUCGCCAGUGAGAUUCAAAUUUCCCUUGAUAUGGGUGAUAGACAAAUUGGGCUUUUCUUGCAGAUGAAGUUAUUUAAGCGUUUUUUAGAGAUUUAUGAGGAUAUCAUGAAGGAUUGCAAAUAUUCUCCAAAAUUGGCCGAUCCACCCAUUCGAUUUGAAGAACCUAUUUAUGGUACGACCGAUCUCAAUUAUGCGGAUUACGUGGCACCAACAUACAUGUUAACACUUAUCUUUUUUUUAGCUACUACAGUCUCUACUGCCUUAAUAAUUACAGAUCGGAUGGAGGGUGUCUGGGAUCGAAGCGUAGUCCAAGGAGUCAAGACAGAAGAUAUUCUGCUAUCCCAUAUUCUUAUUCAGUGCAUCAGCAUAGCUAUCCAUACUGCUAUGAUAGUGCUUUUAUUCUUUCCCAUAUGGGGUUUAGAAUGCAAAGGAUCAAUGUUUACUGUAAUAGUCCUCACAUUUCUCGUCGGUUUUUGCGGACUGAUGCAUGGUUUCAUUAUUUCUGUUAUGUGUAAAGAUCACACUAUGGCGCAUUACUGCUCGGCCGGAAGCUUUUUCCCGCUAAUAGUAACGUCCGGAUGUAUAUGGCCGGUGGAAGGUAUGCCAGAAGGACUUCGCUGGAUUAGCUAUGCAUUGCCAACUACGUUACCCUCUAUAUCUUUAAGAGGAGUUAUCUAUAAGGGUUAUUCCAUAUCCGAAUCGCAAGUUUAUAUUGGCUUUUUACUAAGUGCAGGAUGGAUAUUAUGUUCUUUUAUGGUGACUGUAUUUGGUGUAAGAUCAAAAUAA